AUGGUCUACCAGCGUGAGUUCGAGAUGCAGGCUCUCCCGCAGACAAAAGACGACGAGGACGAGCCUGCAUCGUCAGGUCCGCUGCACCGUCUGCUCAAGAGCUUCAGCCGCGCGCCGCCGCACGAGGAUGCAUACAGCGUGAGCAGCUACAACACCACCACCUACGCCUCUAAUGGGCGACUCUUCAACAUGGGCAAGGCCAACUACAACUCUGCCAACACCGCCCUCGCUAGGGAGCUCAAGAACCGCCACCUGCAGAUGAUUGCCUUCGGAGGCUCCAUCGGGACCGGUCUUUUCGUCGCGUCCGGCGUGGCGCUGUACCGCGGCGGUCCGGUAUCGCUGCUCAUUGCCUUUGUCGCAAUGGGCAUGAUGCAGUUUUUCACGAUGCAGGCGCUGGGGGAAUUGUCUGUUGCGUUUCCUGUCGGUGGGUCUUUUUCGAACUACUCCACGCGGUUUCUGGAUCCGUCGUGGGGUUUCGCCAUGGGGUGGAACUACACGCUGCAAUAUCUUGUUGUUUUACCACUUGAAAUUAUUGCGGGCGCAUUUACGAUCAACUACUGGAAUCCAAACGCCACAAAGUCCAUUUUCAUUCUCCUCUUUUUCUUUCUCAUCCUCGGCAUCAACCUCCUUGGCGUGAAAGGAUAUGGUGAAGCUGAGUUUAUCUUUUCCGCGGUCAAGAUAACAGCCAUUGUAGGCUUUAUUCUUCUUGGAAUUAUAAUAAAUAUAGCAGGAGAUCCCGAAGGGGGCUACAUCGGUUUUACUCGCUGGCAAAGCCCUGGUGGUUUCCACAAUGGUUUCAAAGGAUUCGCCAGCGUUUUGGUAACUGCAACUUUUUCCUUCGCCGGCACAGAAAUGGUUGGUCUCGCUGCAGCUGAGACGAGCAACCCGAAAAAGUCUCUUCCAGCAGCUGUCAAGCAAGUGUUCUGGCGCAUCUCCCUUUUUUACAUCCUCUCUAUUCUCAUCAUUGGCUUGCUUGUUCCAUACGAUGAACCUCGUUUGCUAGGUGCCAAGUACGGCUCCGAUGCUGCAGCCAGCCCCUUCGUUAUCGCAAUUGAGAUGAGCGGCUCUGAUAUACUUCCUGAUAUCAUGAAUGCUGUUAUUCUUAUUUCUCUGAUAAGCGUGGGAAAUACGGCUGUGUAUGCCUCUUCACGGACCCUCGCUGCAUUGGCAGAACAGUCUCUGGCUCCGAAAAUCUUCGCCUAUAUCGACCGUACGGGACGUCCGCUUAUCGCAAUCAUUUGCUGCGGAACUGCGGGACUACUAGCAUUCAGCGCCAACUCCAAGGUCCAUAACGAAAUCUUUAACUGGCUCCUUGCCAUAAGUGGUCUGAGCGCGCUCUUCACAUGGGGAUCCAUCUGUAUCUGUCACAUUCGAUUUCGCAAAGCAUGGAAAUUAUCAGGAUUCACCGUGUCCCAGCUCGCUUUCCGCUCUCAAGUCGGUGUCUGGGGAUCCUGGGUUGCGCUAUUCGCAUACGGCGUCGUUUUGAUUCUCCAGGUCUGGGUAGCGAUAUCUCCCAUUAAAUCCGAGGGCCAAGAGCCGUUUUCACCAGCUGAAAGAGCCAAGAACUUUUUCCUGCAGGUCCUGACGAUUCCUAUUAUUUUCAUAUUUUACUUCGUGCAUAAGAUCUGGGUGGGGACAACAAUUGUUCGCGGUAAAGAUAUAGAUGUCAAUACGGGGCGGCGAUACCUCCAAGUCUGGAACGAGGAGGAGGAGCAGGCGAAGCGGAAGUGGCCGUUAUGGAAGCGAGUGUAUAAUCACAUGUGCUGA